GGUUUAUGUUGUAUAUAUCUCCCGUGUUUUGACCUCGUUGAAGCGUUGUUAGCCUAUUCCAUAUCACUCAUCCCAUCUGAACAACCAUCCAUCCAUCCAUCCAUUGCAUCUUUCACUGUUUACUUUCCCCCUUUCUCCCUUUACCACCUUACCUCUUAACAUCUUUUAAACACACCCACACCGAAUACCAGACUGAAAACACACAACAUGGUCUGGUCAGCCCCCCACAUCGGCUCCCGCCCCGUCGCCAUCCUGGGCGGUGGUGUCCUCGGCCGUCGUAUCGCCUGCAGCUUCGUCGCCGGCGGUUUCAAUGUGCACAUCCGUGAUCCCUUCCCUCAGGCGCGUGAGGACGCUAUCAAGUACAUCGACGAGAACAAGGAGUUCUACACCUCCUUCUGCCCUAACGGCAAGCCCGCUCAGUAUGGCACCUACACAGCCUCAGAAGACAUCGAGACGACGGUAAAGGACGCGUGGCUCGUCAUCGAGGCCGUGCCGGAGAAGAUCGAGCUCAAGAUUGAUACCUUUGAGGAGCUAGACAAGUACGCGCCGAAGGAUUGUAUCCUGGGAUCCAACUCGAGCAGUUUCAGGAGCGGGUUGAUGCUUGACAAGGUCAGCGACGAGAGGAAAAAGUUGGUGUGCAAUGUGCAUUACACGAUGCCGCCGAUGGUCAGGACGGUGGAGUUGAUGACGGAUGGGUAUACCCAUCAGGAGAUCUUCCCGUUCCUGAGCGACGUGCUUAGGCAGUGCGGCAUGCUUCCGGCGACGGCGAGGAAGGAGUCUACUGGCUUCAUCUUCAACCGCCUCUGGGCCGCCGUCAAGCGCGAGAUCCUCACCAUCCUCGCUGAAGGUGUCUCCGACGCCGCCGAGAUCGACGCCCUCUGGGCGCACAUGUUCCAGACGUCCGUCGUCCCCUGCCAGAUGAUGGACCAAGUCGGCCUUGACACCGUCGCCUUUAUCGAGGACAACUACAUUAACGAGCGCAAGCUCGACGGGUCUCUCACCGUUGACUGGCUCCGCAGCAACUACAUCACCCAGGGCAAGCUCGGUCUCAAGACCCCCGAGCAGGGUGGUAUCUACCCUCCCUCCACCGUCGCCGUCAACCCUCCUCUCAACCCCGCCGCCGCUGCCCAGGCUGCUGCUGGCACCGAGAAGCAGAUGCCUCCCAUCUUCUUCCUCGACGUCGGUCUCGGCUCCAACUCCCCCUCCUACCCCUCCCUCGCCGGUCUCACCACCAAUGGCAAGAUCCUCCGCCUCGACGAGCCCAACCAGCCGCCCAAGGCCCUCGUCACCGGCCUCCCCCUCCCCGACGGCAUCGACGUCGACCCCUCUGCUAACCGUAUGUACUGGACUAAUAUGGGCGCCGACGUUACCGCCAAGGACGGCAGCCUGAUGUCCUCCACCCUCGACGGCUCCGACAAGAAGGUCCUCCUCGGCGAUGGCGUCCUCACUACGCCCAAGCAGCUCGUCCUCAUCAAGGAUCAGCAAACCGGCACCGAGAAGCUCUACUUCUGCGACCGCGAGGGCUGCUCCGUGCACCGCUGCAACGUCGACGGCAGCGAGCACGAGGUUCUCGUACAGAACCCCGGCGGCGUGGGCGAUUUAUUGCACUGGUGCGUCGGCAUCACCGUCGACCUCAAGGAGCGCAAGUUCUACUGGACGCAGAAGGGUCCUGCCAAGUCCAACCUCGGCCGCAUCUUCCGCGCCAACAUCGAUUUCCUCCCUGGCGAGACUGCUUCCAACCGCUCCGAUAUCGAGGUCGUAUUCGACAAGCUUCCUGAGCCGAUCGAUCUCGAGAUUGAGGCCGAGACGGGGGUCCUGUACUGGACUGAUCGCGGUGAGCACCCCCGCGGUUGCUCGUUGAACUGCGCCAGGGUGGAGGGCGAGAAGGAAGUCAGGAUUUUGGCGAGACGGUUCCAUGAGCCCAUUGGUCUCAAGUUGGAUCUUGCCAGGAAGCAGAUCUUUGUCUGCGACUUGGGUGGUAGCAUUUAUGCGGUCGAUGUGGAGACGGGCAAGAAGACGGUUGUGCAUCGUGAUGAUGGGUCGUAUACUGGUCUUGUUACUCUUCCUGCGGCUUAAGCGGGAGGGUCAUCGAUAUCAGUUCCGUUAUUGUUUGCAUGGAGUGGUUGGGAUAGACGGUGGAUAGACGGUUGGGAUAGCAUCGUGGUCGGCGUCGGUCGGUCUUUUGACUUUUUGGGUUAUGGGCAUGGCAUGUCUCUUUAUACCGAAAGCAUUUGUAAUGCCCAGGUUAGCAAUCGUUCUUGUGCUGUUUGUUCGUGUCGUGAUUUGUUUGUUGGCGAUUCCGGGAUGCCAAGAACUCACAAGCCCUGA